AUACGCUUGUCUUCUUGCGCGUUGAUAAUUAAUUUGAAAAAAAUCUAGGUAAAAACGGACUGUUUCCGCGUAAUUUUAUAAUAUUUCGAUACAUCGAAAGACUCUACACCGUGUUCCGGUGGUGAUUUCCGGAUAGAACAGCCAUAUUCGGAAAAAUCAAGGCGAAAAGAUUGCUGCUGAUAGGAAGACAACAACCGCCGGCCACCAUCGUCUACCUACUACACACAGCCCAAUCCCCGGAACUGAAAAAUGGCCAAGGUGCACAUAACCAACGUCGUGGUGCUGGACAAUCCGAGCAGCUUCCUGAACCCGUUCCAGUUUGAGCUCACCUUCGAGUGUAUAGAAGAGCUAAAAGAGGACCUCGAGUGGAAAAUGAUCUACGUGGGAUCGGCUGAGUCGGAGGAAUUCGAUCAGGUUCUGGACACCAUCUACGUUGGCCCCGUCCCCGAAGGGCGUCACAUUUUCGUAUUUCAAGCAGACCCGCCAAAUGUCGCCCGAAUUCCCGAACAAGAUGCGGUUGGCGUGACGGUCGUCCUAUUGACCUGCUCCUACCGAGGGCAGGAAUUCGUGCGAGUAGGCUACUUCAUCAAUAACGAAUAUUCCGAACAAGAGCUUCGAGAGAACCCACCAGCGAAACCGUUGUUCCAUCAGAUGACUCGAAAUAUCCUCGCCUCAAAACCCCGCGUGACAAGGUUCAAAAUCAACUGGGACGAUACGCCGGCCAAUGGAAGUGGAACGACCAGCGGAAUGGAAGAAGAAGCCGGAUUGAAUAUGGAAAAUGGGAUCGAGGAAGCUCAAAUGGAUGCUGCUACCAGCACUGCCAGCACCGUUGCCGAGAUGAUGUCCGAGGUGACGCAAGGCGACAGUAGUCAAACGCUCCCGCGGGAGUUUAACGAAAAUUCAAAUUCACUGGCGAUGGAAUGUUGAGGUCAGCUUCAACGACCGUCCGGGCGGGCAGCCUUAAUUUCCUUUUUUUGCCUUCUAUGUGUUUCAUUUGAAAAUUGUAGGCUGCUUUGUAUUUUACUUGACCCAACCGUCCUGUACAUAUGAUGGUCAUGGGUUUCACUCAAUCUCACUGGUUCACUUUCUUAUGAUUAAUAAAAGUAAAAAACCGGAAUGGUCUUAGCUUUUUUUGUCCUUGAUUUGUUUUUCGUCGAUCUUGUUUUCCGUGCUGAGCACCAAAGCUACCGACGCUAGGGAGGCAGCUCCCACACCCGGACCCUACCUAUCGA